UAUAACCACAAGCAUAACUUCCUUAGUCUAAGGAGGAAGUUACAUGAUGGCAGCAGCAAUGCAGCUUGUCUUCUUUCUCUUCGUGCUGGUCCCAAUCACAGGUUACACACAUGGUUUCUCACAGGAUUGCAAAGAGAAGUUGCAGUGUCUGAAGAAUAUUUGAAGUAUUGGAAGUUGGUUAACAGUUCUGUUCAGCUGGAUGUACAAGAAAAUGAUUAUAAAUUCUAUGAUGUCUUCUGGUUGUUUAAUAAAAAAACAAACAUUGUACAAUACAUCAGCAAGAAUGAAAUUAGAAUUCACCCUGAUUAUAAUGGCAGAGUGGAGUUCAAUAAGAAAACUCACAGUCUAACACUGAUGAACCUGCAGAAGCAUGAUAGUGGACUCUAUGAAGCAGAAGCAUCUCAUAACGAGAAAGCUACUAUUGCUAAGUACCAAUUAUAUGUGUUAGAUCCAGUGGAGGAUCCAGUUCUCAAUGUCUCACUCAGUCAAAGCAAUGACACCUGUAAUGUGACUCUCACCUGUGAAGCUCAGAAUCUCUCAAUCACCCAUCUCUGCUACAAUGAUAAUUGUGAUAUGAAGAACGUAGAAACACAUGGAAACAGCUCCCUUUCCAUCUCAUUGUACGUCAGUAACAGCUUCAUCAUUUGUAAUCAUAGCAACCCAGUCAGCUGGAAAAAUAAUACAUUGAAGUUGGAAAAGGGGAAACACCUCUGCCCUUCUAAAGAAGAUAAAGAAAAGCUCAUGGAUUCUGAGAUAAGUUGGACUGCCAUAAUUAUGAUCAUAAUCAUAAUCAUCGUAGUAUUAGUGGGUUGUGUCACCCUCCUUUUCAAGAACAGACAACAAAGGACACGACUGACAACAGAUUCCGGCAACACGGUCUAUGAAGAAGUUAAGGGGAACACAAAAGCAGAGUCACUCAAGACGUCAGAGAACCUUGAAACUCCUGGUACUCUUUACUGUACUGUCGGGAAGCCAGCCCAGGCUUAUAGUAAUGAUGAGAGCACUGUAAGCACUGCAAAUCCUGGCAGCAAGGAAAUUUACCCCAGUGAAGUGAACCCUGAUGAGAGCAACCUCUAUGAUGCUCCAGAUAAAAAUCAAGAAGCAAGAAGUAACAAUAAAGUGGAAUUCCCAAUACCUCAAACCAUUUAUGCUACAGUGAACAAGGCUGGUAAAGUUAUGUAAGAACCCCAGCUUGAUGGAAACACAUUUUAUGAGAAAUGAAAACAAAAAUGUAUUACUACUUUAUUGGCAUUUUAAGUACUGUUUUACUUAUCUGUGAUCAAAUUCAGACUUGUUCCAUUAGGUUUGGUUGGCAUGAACACGUCUUGUGGCUUUGUGAUUGCGUUGGAAAGCAGAGGAGCUUUGCAUGGAGAAAAGAAACUUUGCUAAAAGUUCACUAUGAAAACAAAAAUGUAAGAAUGCCACAUGCCAAGUUUUUAUUCAUUUUAAAAGGAGCAACUGCUUUAAUCAAGUUCUUUUUUGUUUCUGUACAAGAAUAUGUGUAUGAUCUAUGUAUGAUAGAUCUAUGAGAUCUAUAUUAGAAGUACCAAAUGCAUUUAUUUAUAAGGGUUUGUAUAAUCGAAUAUAUAUAAUAGUAUUCCUUUUACUCCAAAUGUCUCAAUCAUCCUCAUGUCAAGGAUAUAUCAAUCAUUAUGUAGAGUAUCCGCCAUUUGCUUCUUUAGUUCUUUAGUAGCCACUGUAACUACCACUGAGCUGUUUUGCUACCAAAAUCUCCACUUUACAAAGUGGGAUGUUGUACUUCAUCAAUUCAGUUUUAUUUGUACAGCGCUUUUAAUGGACAUUGUCCCAAACAGAGUUGGGUGUAACGCGUUACAAAGUAACACCUUACUGUAAUCUAAAUACUUUUUCUAAUAAUGCAGUAAUAUAAUUUAUGUAAUUUGAUUACAGUUACUGAUGUGAAUAAACUUACUUUACUUGCGUAACAAAUUUAUUGUUAAGAAAACAAUAUUAAAUAAAAUGCAUUUUAAAAUAA